AUGCAUAGAAUACAAUUGUUCGUCAUUGGAAUAAUUCUUCUACCAUUAUUAAUUGAUGGUCUUCCAUUUUUUCAUCGUGGUCGACCUCGUGGUGGUAUGGUUGGAUCACCAAAAAGACGUUUUGAAUCAUCAUAUUAUCGAGAAAAAUCACCAAGUGAUGAAUUAUGGUAUACACAACAACUUGAUCAUUUUAAUCCAACAGAUACACGAACAUGGCAACAAAGAUAUUUUGUUAAUGAUCUACAUUGGAGAAAGAAUGGUCCUGUUUUUAUUCAAAUUGGUGGUGAAGGUCCAGCUGAUCCUAUUUGGAUGACAGAAGGACAAUGGAUUAAAUAUGCACAAACACAUGGUGCUAUUUGUGUUAUGCUUGAACAUCGUUUUUAUGGCAAAAGUCAUCCAACAGAAGAUCUUAGUGUAGAAAAUUUAAGAUAUUUAAGUAGUGAACAAGCACUUGCAGAUUUAGCAACAUUUCGAGAAUAUUUUAAUAGUAAAUAUCCAGUAUCAGAACAAACGAAAUGGAUUUCAUUUGGUGGAUCAUAUCCAGGUUCAUUAUCAGCAUGGUUUCGUUUAAAAUAUCCACAUCUUGUUCAUGGUGCUAUAUCAGCUAGUAGUCCUAUGACUGCUCUCACUGAUUUUAGUGAAUAUUUGGUUGUUGUACGAAAUUCUCUUGCAACUUAUGAUGAAAAAUGUAAUGAAGCAAUUAGUGGUGCAAUAGAAGUGAUGCAAACCAUGAUUCAAUCUACUGCUGGUCGUACAGCAUUAAAAAUGGCUUUUCGUUUAUGUGAUUCAAUUGAAACACAAAAUGAUGUUGAUAAUUUCUUCGAAACAGUAUCUGGUAAUUUUCAAGGUGUUGUUCAAUACAAUAAAGAUAAUCGAGCAUUUGAAGGUGCUCGUGCAACAAAUAUCACAAUUGAUGUUUUAUGUAGAACAAUGCUUGAUACCAGUCAACCAGAUAUUCUUCAACGUAUGGUUAAUGUUAAUAGUAUGUUAUUAAAUGCAUACGAUCAACCAUGUCUUGAUGCUGGUUAUACAAGCAUGAUAAAUCAAUUACGAAAUACUUCGUGGAAUGCAUCAGCAUCUGAAGGUGGUCGUCAAUGGACAUAUCAAACAUGUGUUGAAUUUGGUUUUUUUCAAUCAUCGGAUGAUGCUCAACAACCAUUUGGAAAUAAUUUUCCAGUUCCAUUUUUUAUUCAGCAAUGUGCGGAUAUAUUUGGACCUAAAUUUGAUGAUAACCUUCUUGAACGAGGUAUUAAUUUUACUAAUGCAUUUUAUGGUGCAGAAGGUUUUUCUGGCUCAAGAGUCUUAUUUGUUAAUGGUGCUAUUGAUCCAUGGCAUGCAUUAAGUUUCACUAACGAUCCUCCAAAUAAUAAUACUGCUAUUUUCUUAUCAAGUACAGCUCAUUGUGCUGAUAUGUAUCCAGAUGCAGACUGGGAUCCAGAAGAAUUAAAACAAGCUCGUCAAACAAUUAGUGAUACGAUUGGAAAAUGGCUGCAUAAUGAAGAUAUGGAACACGAUAUUUUACAACGCCGUUCAGCGGCUGCAAUCAAAAAUAUGGGUGUAAAUUCUUAUUCUCAAAUUAUUUCUGCAUUUCGUGCUCAAGGUGAUCUUACAGAAAAUCAAUUAUCUAUUUUACCCGUUUUACAAAAUACAUUUGGUAUUAGUCGUGAACGACAUACAGCUGAAGUGAAACGUGCACUUUAUGAUGAACAGUUAUCUGAAAUAGCUACAAGUAUUAAUCCAUCAUCGAAUACGACAAAUUGGGAAAUAGAAGCUAAUUAUGCAUGUCCAACAAUUGUUCAUCGUCCUCCAAAUACAAAACAUAUUCAAUUAGCUGAACACGUUUUACAAACAACACCACCAACAACAAUUAUUCAACAUCGUCAACCUAUAACAACAGCAAAAUUAAAUCAUGAUUUACAACAACUUGUUAAUGAUGAAAUAAAACAAGAUGGAAUUCGAAAUGCAACACAACAACAACUAUUGAAUAAUACAACAAAACAAAAUUUAAAUAAUACAGAUAUUAAUAGUAAGUUAAUUUUUUCAUAUCAACAAAAUCAAAUUGCACAUGAGCAAGCAAGUUCAAAAGUAAUUCGUUUAGUUCGUGCUAAACAAGCAACAAAACGUAAAACAAGUUUAGAUACAUUAAUCGAAGUUGUACAAAAAGAAUUACUUCGUAUUAAUGAACAAACAAAUACAAAUUCACCAUCAUCAUCAAAAUUACAAAAUCCAAUAUUAACUGCUCAUCGUUCUACAAUAUCAUCUGUUUUACCAUCAUCACAUCCACAUUCAUUAACAUCACAAACAAAUCAUUCAUUUAAAAUAACACGUAAACGUGGAUUUGAUAAUUUAAAUAUUUCAAAAAAGAAUUUAUUUUUACAACAACGAUAUAAAUCUUUCAAUGAUGAUGAUGAUGAUGAUGAUGAAAAUAAUUUUAUAGAAAAUAAUGAUAUAAAACAAACUGUUGAUGAUACACAAUCAGGUCCGGAAAAUAUUGAAGAAAUAGUUCGUGAUACUGUUGAUAGACUUGUUGCUAUAACGCUUUUAAAUACUGCACCAUUUAUUGUUAAUAUGCUUACAGCUAUUCCAAAUAAUGAUAAUAGUACAAAUACUGAAUCUAAAAUUAUGACAAAUACUCUUGGUGCAAAUAAUUCAUCUACAAUAAAAUCUCAAUCAACAUCAACAAUUUCUAAAUCAGAUCAUUAUCAUAACGAUAUUACAUUAUUUCCAUCCAUAGGAAAUGAUUUACGAAAUUCAUUAAAACAAACAUCACCUAUGAAACAACAGUUCUCAUCUCAACAACAACAAAUUCAUCAUCCACAGUUAAUUAUUCAACCAACAACAACAACAGCAACUCCUAUAUCAACUAUUCAAGGAACAACAACACCAACACUCUUUGUUACUCCACGUAUAUUAAAUUUUCAAACAGUUGUACCAAAACCAACAACAAAUAUUCAAAUAGGUAAUACAAAAAUAAUUCUUGUUUCACCAUCAAAUAUUACUCAACAUUUGCCACAUUCAACAACAUCUAUUCAACCAACAUCUACAGCAAGCUCACAACAACAACAAAGUCUUGUUAGUAAUAGUCCUGUUAAGUUAGUUAAAUUUGCUACAACAAAUAAUAAUAAUUCAAUAACAACACGUUCAACAACAUUACCAAUAAAUACAACUCAAACAUCAACAUUGACUUUGCCAAAAAAUGUUCAAAUUGUUAUUCCAUCUCAAACACCAUCAACAAUACAAUUAACACGAACACAUAGUGAUGAUUUAAAUAAAUCUCUUCCAACGACAACAGCAACAUUUCGUCCUGUUACAACAGUACCAGUGGCAUUGACAACAUGUACAGUUGAUCAAAUUCCUCAAGCAGCACAAGAAGUAACAAUAACAACAUCUCCAAUAUCAUCACCACCAUUAAUCACAAACACAUCUGAUCUUCAACAACAAUCAUCUCUAGGUACAACAAUUAAUGUUAUUUCCUCAAAUUCAAAUAAUCAAUCACAAAAUAAUACAAAUAGUCAACAACAAAGUUUCCUCACAAAUUCAUUCGAGAAUACUAAUACUAAUAAUAAUGGAAAUAUAGUUACAUUUAAUAAUAAUGGUUCAACUAUAGGAAAAUCACGACGACGUUCAUCAAGUAGUGCAUCGACCGAUAAACCUGUCGGCAAAAUUUUACGACCGAUUGCUAAAGUUCUUCCUGUUUAUUCACCUAACAAUAGUCAUAAUGAUAAUGAUCAUGCAACUGUUGUGGAUAGUACAAGUCCAACAUCGAUCGUUCAACAACAGCAACAUCCUUUAACAAAUGUAACCACCAUAAGAACAAGUCCACCACAUGAUGAUAUGAUUAAACCAGUAACAGUUAAUUUUCAAUCAAAACCUCAACAAAUCCCAAGACCAUCUUCUACACACGGACCUAUGAUCUAUCGCAUGACAUCUGUUAAUCCAAAUGUUCCUGUUUUUCGUGUACGUGCAACAACAACUCCUACUUCUACAACUGUUAUGAAUAAAUCAAUUAAAACUGAAACAAAACCAAUAUCAGUAGCUACUGCAACAAACAUGUGUUAUGAAUCCAAACCAACACAUACAACUCCAACUACAAGUGGAUCUGUUUCUGUACUUGCAUGUUUUAAAACAACGAAGAAAAGAAAUAAAGAACGAGCAAUUAUGCCACGACCAAGUACAACGGAUUCUAAUGAUACAUCUCAAGAAUUUCAACAACGUUUAAAUACAAUAUUAAAUACAAAUACAUCAUCACUACUUAAUAAUGAUACAACAAAUAGUAAUUCAUCAUCGGAUUAUCGUCAACAAUCACCAUCAACACCAACACGUCUUGUUCAACAGACAAGUUUAUCAUCAACAUUAUCAGACGAUAAUAGUACAUCAAAUUUAUUUUCAUCAUCUAUACAAGAACAAAAUAAUGAUACAACAACAUCAUCAUCAAAUAGUAUUCCUAUUUCACGUCAUAGUACAACACAAUUAGAUAAUAAUUCAAAUUCAAUUAAAACAUUAACAACUCCUAAUAUAUCACCAUUAAUGUCACCUAUACAAUCAUUACAUUCAACACCAAGACCAUUAAUGGAAGAUAAAUGUAUACAAUGUAUUAAUCAUAAAAAUGAAUAUGAAGAUGAUGAGAUUAGUAUAGAACAUGAUGAAAUCGAUAACAUAGAUGAUCAGCAAAUAAUAACGAAUUCUGAAAUAAAAAAACGAUCUGGAGAUAAUAUCAUAUUUGAUGAUGAAAGUUGGACAAUGGCAGCGGACAGUCUUCUUCGUGAUAUUCUUUCUCAAUAUGGCUUCCGUUUUCUUGAUGUUAGUUGUCAACAAAAUUUAUCAUCACAAUUUGAUAUUAUUCAAACAAAUCUUGUUAGUGGAGUAUUAUCAUCAAAAGAUGAACUUUAUAAUUCAGUUCUUGAUAUUAAACGUAAUUUAUUAAAUAGUGAUUUAUCAAAAAUUUCCGAAGAUAAUCUUGAAAAAUUAUUUCAUUAUUUUGAAGUUGAAUUUAAAAAAAUAUGUGAUCAAACAAAUGAACAUGUAUGUUUAUAA